CUUUCUUUUCUCCCUUUCUUUCUCCUUCCUCUUUCUCCUUUUGAAUUGAAUUCACGGUGGCUACAGUGAAAGGAUUAUUGAGUAGAGCAUAGUUGAUACUGCUUUACUAUGUCAAUAUGGGACUAUUCAAGAAUGUCAUUGAACCAGCGUCAAUCGCACUCGCUUUCACAGCCGGAACGCUCAUAAACCGCCGCCGCCUCAAGCCUCAACGAUACCAACGUGAUCUAGAAUCCAUACCUGACUACAUUUCCGCCGAGAAGAAGACUGACGAUGCGUCAUCAGCUUCACAUCGAAAGGGAGGCAGCAGCAAUAAGGGCUCGAAUUCGCUUGUCUUUAGGGUGUUGUCGUGGAUUUAUGGGACGUUUCCGUUUUUGAGCGAGAUAUGGUACUGGUUACUUACAUAUUGGGUAUAUCAGCUUAGUCGCGCUUUUACGGCGCGAGCUAUUGCGCCGUAUCCGCAGAUUUAUCUGGUUGCGAAACAGCAUGCUUUGCAGUUGCUUGCGAUUGAGGAGUUUCUUCAUAUCGACUUUGAGCAGGCCUUUCAGGAGUACAUUCUUACGAAGCACGCUUAUAUCAUGCCUCUCCUGAGACAUAUAUACCAUUCUCACAUCAUCAUUGGCGUCGUCUUCGUUGUAUACAUCUACACUUUCCUGCCGCCUCCACUAUUCAGACGUAUACGUCGAACAAUUGCCAUGGACAAUUUCAUCGCCUUCAUCAUUAUUUCUCUCUGGAGGUGUUAUCCUCCGCGAAUGCUCCCCCCGGAAUACGGCUUCAUAGAUAUCCUUCACGAAGGAAAGACUGGCUCCGUAUGGACUCACAACCGAUUCCGCCUGACAAUUGCCGCGAUGCCAAGCCUACAUUUCGGAACGUCAGUGUUGUUUGCAGUGUGUUUGGCGAGGUUUAGUCCGCAUAUGGUGAUGCGUGUUUUGGCGCCGCUGUGGCCGGUGGCGAUGUUUGUGACGGUUGUUGCGACGGCGAAUCAUUUCGUGCUGGAUAUUGUUGUUGGUGCCAUUAUACCGCUGCUGGGGUGGCGGUGGAAUAGGGCGAUUUUGGUGUUGGAGGGGGUGCAGGAGUGGGUAUUUUCGCCGGUGAUUGAGCGGAUGGAUUGGAGUUUUGGGGGGGAGAGUCGUAGAGAGGUAGAGAGGUGAUGUUUGUACAUGUGUUAUGAGGAAUUGCAUUGGGAUCAUUAUGACCAGGAGUAAUAUUUUAUUGAACGGCUAGGAAUUGUCUAUCAAGCUUACUAUAAUCGCUAUUUGUGGCGCAUGUAGUAAGUCCUUUUCGCAGCCCAGAUUCCUGUAGAUGAAAUGCUGCCAAAGCUUCCAAGCAAUAUAUUCA